AUGUCCGUCCUGCUCAACCCGUCGAGCACGCUCGGCUUUAAUCGUCCUCUUACGCAGAAUGUUAAGCGCACGCUGCAAAUCACGAACCCGAGCCCUCAGCCGGUCGCUUUCAAGGUCAAGACUACCGCUCCUAAGUUGUACUGCGUACGACCGAACUCUGGCAAAGUCGAACCGAACGAGACGGUCGAGGUGCAGGUGAUGCUGCAGGCGAUGAAAGAAGAGCCGCCUCUGAACGCCAAGUGCAAGGACAAGUUCCUGAUCCAGAGCACGCUCUUGACGCCCGAAAAGGAGGGCCAGGAUAUCUGGUCGCUCCCGGAGACGGACGAGGCUUCGAAGAUCCAUUCGCAGAAGAUCAAGGUUGCGUAUCUCGCGCCUGAGGGCGCUAUCGAGGAAGAGGACGAACCUCGCCCGUCGUCGAUCACUCAGGAUGACUUCAGCAAAUAUGGUACCGUCAAGACGCAGCCGCCCGCGGAACCGAGCCGCAUCGUCGAGCGCGAGAUCACGCCCCCAGCAGACUUCACCGCCGCACGCGAAGAGCCGCACAUCGAAGAGAUCCGCGCGAUAGAGAACCAGUCUCCAGCCGUAGGCGUCGUAAACGUGAACGUGCACCACCCCCCUCCCGCCCCCUCCCCACCCGUCGCAAUGCCCGUCCCAACACCCGCUCCGCCGCCCGUGACCGUGCCACCGCCCGUGGACCCCAACCCCGAACUCGAGGCCAAGCUCGCAGACGCACAAGCCGAGAUCCAGCGCUUGCGCCAGUUGCUGGCGGCUGUGCCCGACCCGUCGUCCGUCGCUAGCUCCGGCACUACGCCCACUGAACUGCGGAGGCGUUACCGCGGUCCGCGCAGCGACGACGGGACGACGGAGGUCGCGAGCGACGCGGGCGAGACGUAUGUGUCGGAGUAUUCGGCGCCGGAGGGCGUGCCGCUGCAGGUCGUGGUGAUCAUUGCGCUCAUUGUGUUCAUCAUGACAUAUCUGUUCUUUUGA